AUGCGCCAGGUCCCCUCCGGGUCCCGCCGCCCCCGGGCCGCGGGUUCGAGUCCCGGUCCCGGCCCGGGGCCGCUCCCGGGCUCUGUCCCGGCCCGGGGGUCGCGCUCGGGGCCGCUCCCGGGGCCGGGGCCGCUCCUGGGGCUCCUCCCGAGCCCCCCCCGCGCGGCGCGGCCGCUGCUGCCGCUGCUGCUCGUGUCGUUCUUGGCCGCCGCCUCCUUCCUGUUCAUCGCUUGGCCCGCCCAGAAACCCGUCCCGCAUCAGGGGGCCCCCCCCGGCCCCCCCUCGGAGCAGGAGCUGCGGACGCUCCUGGCCCGCCUGGACCCCCCCCGGCUCUGGGGGACCUUCCUGCGACCCCUCCUCAGGGAGAGGGUCCCGGGGGGGCCCGGCAGCCGCGCCGCCAGGCAG